UCCACGUGCCAGUGUUUGUGUACGUGCUGCCGUUGCUGGGCUGGACCGGGUCCCGGCUGCUGUGGAUUAGGCUGCUCGGGCGCAGCUGCCAAGGGCCGGCCCGCAAGUCCCAGCGGUCUUUAAAUUCUCCGGUGCUGGGGCGGGACCGCGCACUCUUACCUGCCGAGGUGCGGCGAGUGUCCCACUGCUCUGCACUCCCGAGGACUUGUGUCAUCUGCCGUAGGCGGAAAAUGCUGUUGCUCGAUUGCAACCCCGAGGUGGAUGGUCUUAAGCAUUUGCUAGAGAAAGGUGCCUCGGUCAACGCACCCCCGGAUCCCUGCAAGCAGUCGCCUGUCCACUUGGCCGCAGGAGGCGGCCUUGCUUGCUUUCUCCUCUGGCAGCUGCAAACGGGCGCUGACCUCAACCAGCAGGAUGUUUUAGGAGAAGCUCCACUACACAAGGCAGCAAAGGUUGGAAGCCUGGAGUGCCUUAGCCUGCUUGUGGCCAGUGAUGCCCAAAUUGAUUUAUGUAAUAAGAAUGGGCAAACAGCUGAAGAUCUCGCUUGGUCGUGUGGAUUUCCAGAAUGUGCCAAGUUUCUUACAACAAUUAAAUGUACGCAGACAAGAAAAUCAAGUGAACACUCUGAUAGGGAUGACUGUGUUCCUGUGCUCAGACAGAAACGAGGUUUUGGAAGUGUAGAAAAUAUCAGUGGGAAAAGGAAGCGUCGAUGUCACGUGGGUUAUGAAGAAGUCUGAAGAAACGCCUUCAUUUCAUGCAGAUGUGUAAGCUCCAGCUUUUGGCUUACCAUAUGUGUCUAAACUUCUUCUGAGAAGGAGGAAAUCCUUUCUUCCAAGUGAAGAUCCAUUUAAGAACACAUGUAUUUACAUGCCUAUAAUAUGCUGGUUGUGUAUGCUUUGUCUUUUAAGUUAUUAAAGGGAUGUCUGAAAAAUACAUUCUCCGUGCAGUAUUUACAACCUUUGAAAAAGGUCAUAUUUUAAACCGUUAAACUAGAGCCAGGAUUUAAUGUGAAAUUAAACUGAUUCUUUAUUCACAAAUUUA